AUGGCGAGGACGUGCGCCCUGGGCAUCGUGCUGGGCCUCCUGGCAGCAGCGCUGGCCAGCGGGGCUCCCGACUGCGGCGGGAUCCUCACCCCGGCGGGGCUCGGCUACCUGGCUCAGGUCUCCAAGCAGCACGCGGAGACCAUCCUGGCGCAGGACCUGAUGGCGCCCAGGGUCUCGGACCUGCUCCUCGGCUCCCCCAAGCCCACCCGGAACCAGAUCGACUCCGUGAAGGUCGUGGACCUGUCGCUGUCGCUCAUCCCCGACGCGGGGCUGCGGCUGAGCAUCGACGCAGACCUCGGCGUCGUCACCGCCCCCUCGACUUCCAAGGUGGUCAGACUGUCCAUCCUGGCAGACCUGCAGGUGGAAAGGAAUCCCGAGGGSAACCUGGAGCUGAGCACGACCGCCUGCAAGCCCACCAUGGAGGAGACGCAGAGCACCGAGGAGGCAGAAAGCAAGUCUCCCAGUUUGGAGGUGGACAAGGAGCUCGAUGUCAGUAAGAUCUGCGUGGAGGUCUCCAGGCUGCUCAUCCUGCCCAACGAGCAGCUCGCCUCGCUCACAGCUCAGUUCCCCGUCACCCCGAGCUGCCAGGUCCGCUACGUGCCGCUGGCUGCCCCCGUGAUCUCCGAGCAGGGAGUCACCGUGUCCCUGCAGACGACGUUCCUGGUGGCAGGGGUGGCACUGCCGCUGCCCGCCAGCCCCACACCCUUCACUAUGCCCGAGAGCGCCAGCGCUGCCCACCUCACCCUGGCGCUGUCCACGCACUUCUACACCAGCUUCUUCUUCGCCCUGGAGACGGUGGGAGCCUUCAACAUGACGCUCAUGAGCCCGCUCACCACGGCCACGAUAGCGCAGAGGAUCAGCCAGAUGGGCUCCCUCUUCCAAGAGGACCGGCCGGUGCUGCUGCGCGUGGCCUUCCGCAGCUCGCCCUGGGUGGUGCUGGAGGAAGGCAGCGCCACGCUGAAGCUCUUCCUCACGGCGCACGUCGGCAUCGGCUCCCCGGACUUCCAGAGCAUCCUGAGCAUGAAUGUGGACAUGUCCGCGGGGCUCCUGCUUAGCGUGGCCGACGUGAGGAUGAUGGUGUCCGCGGCAGCGAUCGAGGACAUGGACCUGAGCCUGGCUGCCUCCGACGUGGGCCCCGUGCCGGCUGCUCUGCUGGAGGAGCUCUUCGUGCCGGCCCUUCGCGACGGGGUGCUGGCGCGGAUGAAUGAGGUCCUCAGUGAAGGGAUUUACCUGCCCCACGCGUCCAACUUCGUCUACACUGACGCCAGCGUCGUCAUCCACAAGGACUACGUGCUGAUCCCCUGCAACCUCAGGCUGCAGCCCAGAAGCGGAGGGCAGAGCGUGGUCGGCUGAAGGCUGCUGCCCACGUCCUUGCGCCUGCAGGGCACUGGCAGCAAAGCUGCUCUGCAAAGUUGCUCUGCGGGCUCUUAAACCAAGUUUCACRUUUUCUUCCUGCGUGCAAUGCUAUAAAAACCCUUUUCUCUUUCUUUACUAAACGUCACUUUCUUGUAUUUAGGGAAAUAACAGCA